AUGACUUCAAUAAGCCUAAUUCAAAUUCGAACGAUCGUGUGCUACGACAUCCUGCAAGGCCACAACGCAUGCGACGCCACCACCACUCAUGUCUAUGCUGCGAUUAACCGAAAUGUUGUAUUCCGCUGGGCUGUCGCUCGUUUGUUCCAACGGUUCGAGUCAGAGGAUAAUUCGCUCCCGGCUCGACUCCGCUCUCGUCGAUCUGACUGGAAUGAUGGAGCUUUGUGUAACAUUCUCAGAGACAAGCUCAAUGCAACUACACAUGAACUGUAG